GCCCACGGCUUUUAAAGGCGAACGAAAAGAAGAAGUAAGGCACAAAAUGGCAGGAAAUGGAUGCACUUCACGUAGUUGGAUAAAAUUAAAUGUCGGUGGAAUAACUUUUCUAACUACAAAAACAAGUUUAACUAAAGAACCUGAAAGUUUUUUAGCCAGAUUAGCGACAGAAGAUCCCGACCUGCCUUCGGAUAAGGAUGAAAACAAUGCUUAUCUGAUUGAUCGUGAUCCAAAGUAUUUUAGUCCCAUACUAAAUUACUUACGUCAUGGUAAAAUUAUAAUCGAUCAAGGUUUAUCUGUGGAAGGUGUUUUGGCUGAAGCAGAAUUUUAUAAUUUAAAGUCGCUAGUUCAUCAACUUCGAGAAAGACUGAAAGUGAAUACAGUGGCUGGUAUGAAACAUGUAUAUAGAGUUUUGCAGUGUCAAGAGGAGGAACUAGCACACACAAUAUCGAACAUGUCAGAUGGAUGGAGAUUUGAGCAGUUGUUAAACAUAGGAAGUAAUUAUAACUAUGGACCAGACGAGCAAGGCGAAUACCUGUGCAUUGUAUCCAAAGACAUUACAGAUUCACAAAAUGCAUCAGCAGAAGAAAUGGUCCCGACGAAUUUUAACCCCAAGGUGUUUCAGCUAAGAGGGACCUGAUACCCAUCUGAUCCACGAGAAAUGUUUUCUGUUAUUGUCGUACGAAACAAAUAUUCCAUUGAAAACCACCCAAGUUGGCGUUUACGCAAAAUAUUAAAGCGAGUCAAAAAAUUUAAAGAAUUUAUGCUGACGUCAGCAGUUAUAGCCGGAAUAUAAUUAUGCUGACUUUAAAUUGAAGGUUCUCGGUUGGCUGUGAAUCUGAAAAGAGAUAAUGCUUACCGCAUUCAUUGUUUUUACAUACUUGUUAGAACUUCUUUUUUAAAUUUUUAACUGUGCAAAUAGUAUGUUUGACCAUGUACUUUCAUUUUAAUUAGAGAAUGCAGAUAAAAUUUUGCAUUGUGAGUUUUUACAAAUUUUAUUUUAUUAUCAUUUUGUUUUGGAGAAAUAUUAUAUAACAUGUACAAGAUAAAGAAAAAACAAAUCGGAAAGUCGGGUUUUCGCUGGGCGAAAUGGGUGCAAAUAACCCAUCCGCGAUUUGUUAAACGAAGAUCCGACUUUGGGAUGAAAUGUUCAUAUAGAAAAUAUUUUCUUGGUUAGCAGGAAAAGUUUUAGCAUGAUAUAAUUUUACGUUUUCUUCAUAUGGCAUGGGUUAGAAAACGUUUACCCAAGUUGGGAAAGUACGAGACAUUUUUUUUAUUAGAAUCUCUGGUUUAUGUUAAAAAUUAUGCCGAAUAUAUUUAUUCCGCCUGCCGAGGAAA